GACGCACAGGUUAGAAAAGAAAAAAUAAAAGUAUAAAUCAAUGGUGUGUGUUGAGUUAGUGCUUCCCCUCACAGUCUCAAUCUUCUUCCCAAAUACACAUUUUUAGACUUUUCAAUUGCAAGAAUGAUUAAACCUUCAGAAGGAACACGAGAUGUCUCUAAUGGUGGAUCUAAACCAGUUAAUCUCACCCAUCUAUUCCUUGCUUCUCUUGGUGGUCUUGCCGCCGCCACCGCUGCUUUCGCCGGAGAAUCAUUCCUUCGCCGCCGGAAAGCUCAUCAAGGUGCUUCCAUGGGGAAUAAAGAUCAGAAAAUCACCCCUUUGAUUGAGAGGAAAGAUUCAGGUCGACGAUCUAACCUCGAGAGAUUCUCCCACUAUGUUGCUAGACAGCUAGGAUUUGAGGACCCAAAUGAAUGCCCACAACUAUGCAAGUUGGCAAAUGCGUAUUUGAUUAAAGCAAAGGGAUAUGAUGAGAAUGUAUAUGAGUAUCUGGUGAAUGAAGCUGAGGCUGAUUCUCUAUACGUUCAUCUCCUUGAAGAGUUUGAAAGAUGCAUUCUCACGUAUUUUGCGUUCAAUUGGACUCAGUCUUCCAACCUCAUCUCUCAGGUCUUAAGCGAUGAGUCGGAUCAGAAAGUACCAAAACUCAAGGAUUUCGUGAUGGCAGCGACAAGGAAACAGAGGUUCGAGAGGGUGACAAAAGACCUGAAGGUGACAAGGGUAUUUUCGACAUUAGUAGAAGAGAUGAAAGCCAUCAACGUCGGCAGCAGCGGCGGAAGCGGUGAGCCACACUGUACGGAAGUAAUGUCUCCGGUGGCUCACAACAAACGAAGUCCCGUCCUCCUCCUCAUGGGCGGCGGAAUGGGGGCCGGAAAGAGCACCGUCCUCAAAGAUAUCCUCCAAGAGCCGUUUUGGUCGGAGGCAGGGGACGACGCGGUGGUGAUAGAAGCGGAUGCGUUUAAGGAGACGGAUGUUAUUUAUAGAGCUCUUAGCUCUAGAGGUCACCAUGACGAUAUGCUUCAAACUGCUGAAUUGGUGCAUCAAUCAUCUACGGAUGCAGCGUCGUCAUUACUAGUAACAGCAUUAAACGAAGGACGUGAUGUGAUAAUGGAUGGAACGUUAUCAUGGGAGCCAUUCGUCGAACAAAUGAUCACAAUGGCAAGGAACGUCCACAAACAGAGAUAUCGAAUGGGCGCAGGCUACAAGGUCUCCGAAGACGGCACAACGACCGAAGAAUAUUGGAGAAUACAAGAAACUGAUGAUAAUGGGAAACAACAAAACCUCAAGCCUUACAGAAUCGAGCUGGUCGGUGUGGUUUGUGACGCUUAUCUCGCGGUAGCUAGAGGCAUACGGAGAGCUCUAAUGGUGAAGAGAGCAGUGAGAGUAAAAUCUCAGCUUAAGUCACACAAGAGUUUUGCUGUUGCAUUCCCGAAGUAUUGUGAGCUUGUUGAUAACGCUAGGCUUUACUGCACAAAUGCUGUUGGUGGUCCUCCUAGGCUUAUAGCGUGGAAAGCCGGUGAUAGUAAGCUUCUGGUGGAUCCAGAGGAUAUUGAGUGUCUAAAACGGGUCAGCAAUCUUAACCCGGAUGCAGUAUCCAUUCACGAGCUUUACCCGGAUCCGAGCCUUUUAAGCAAGCCUGGCUCUGUUUGGAAUGAUGUCGUUUUAGUGCCCUCUAGGCCCAAGGUCCAGAAGGAACUUAACGAUGCCAUCAAGAAAAUCGAAAAGGCCCAAGCGAAAAAUUGAUCAUAUUGUGAACUAGCCCCUUUACAUUUGUAUUCUUUUAGUAUUUGGUCAUUUGUUUCCAUCAAAAUAUUUAAAUAUCAGAUAUUUUUAUCGUCUU